UGACAACAAAGGUUCUGAGUAACAACCCCGAGCCCCCAUUUCUUCUGCCUUGCAUGUGACUGAACAUAGUGCCCGGUUUCCAAAACACGUCAUCAACAAAUUCGUCGGCUACUAAAUACUAACUGAUUAUGAGAAUCAUUAGCGACCGUUAUAUGGAACAAACGAACGGAAGCAAACUCACCAAAGCUCUUCUCAAGAACACUAACAAUCCCAAACUAGCAUGGCACCUCUUCAAGCGCAUUCUCUCCUCUCCCUCUUUCUCCAACUACUGUCUUCGAUCCAUACCCGUCAUCGCUCGUAUCCUUGUUCGUGAACAAAUGCACCGCGAAAUUGAUAGCCUUCCCGAACUCCUUGACUCGCAACCCGUCGAAACGUCUCACCCUUGUCUCCUUUCCCUCGUGCGAGUCUUGGCCCAAUCGGGUCUUGUUGAUGAGGCUGUUUCCCAAUUCAAAUCGCUUCGAACCCGGUUCCCGGAAAAGCCUCCUCCCAUAUCUUUGUAUAAUUUGCUUCUUCAGUCCUCCUUAAAGGGAGACCGUGCGGAUUUUGUGUCAUGGUUGUACAGAGAUAUGAUUGUCGCUGGGAUUAACCCGGAAACAUAUACUUUUAAUCUUUUGAUACGUGCACUGUGUGACUUGGGUCUUAUGGAAGUGGCUCGGGAGGUAUUUGAUAGAAUGUCUGAGAAGGGUUGUCAACCAAAUGAGUUCACUGUUGGGAUUUUAGUUCGUGGGUAUUGUAGAACCGGGCUUGCUACACAAGGCUUGGAGCUUUUAAAUAAGCUGAGGAAUUAUAAUGUUUUUCCCAACAGGGUUGUGUACAAUACUUUGAUAUCUAGUUUUUGUAGAGAAGGUAGGACUGAUGAAGCUGAGAAGUUAGUGGAGAAAAUGAGAGAGGAUGGUAUCCUUCCAGAUGUUGUUACUUUUAAUUCUAGGAUUUCAGCCCUUUGUGGGGCAGGGAAAAUCCUAGAGGCUUCUAGAAUUUUUAGAGAUAUGCAAAUUGAUGAAGAAUUGGGGUUGCCUCGGCCAAAUAUCAUAACUUAUAACUUAAUGCUCGAGGGUUUUUGCAAGGAAGGGAUGUUGGAGGAAGCAAAGACCCUGUUUGAGUCUAUGCAAAAUGUUGGUGAUUUUAUAAGUUUGGAGAGUUAUAAUAUAUGGUUGUUGGGUUUGGUUAGGAAUGGGAAGCUGUUAGAGGCACGAUUGGUUCUAAAAGAGAUGGUGGAUAAGGGCAUUGAACCCAAUAUCUACUCAUACAACAUUGUGAUGGAUGGGCUAUGCAAAAAUGGGAUGCUCUCUGAUGCAAGGAUGGUUAUGGGCUUGAUGAAAUGUAGUGGUAUUCCCCCAGAUACAGUAACUUAUGGUACUUUACUACACGGGUACUGCAAGAAGGGGAAGAUAUCUGAAGCCAAUAAUAUUCUUCAUGAGAUGAUGAGUCGUAGUUGUUUCCCAAAUACCUAUACUUGCAACAUUUUGCUGCACAGCCUAUGGAAAGAGGGGAGAACAUCGGAAGCAGAGGAAUUACUAAAAAUGAUGAAUGAGAGAGGUUAUGGCUUAGAUACUGUGACAUGCAAUAUCGUGAUUGAUGGUCUGUGUAAUAUUAAGAAAUUGGACGAAGCAAUUGAAAUUGUGAAUGGGAUGUGGACUCAUGGAAGUGCUGCUCUUGGUAACCUGGGGAACUCAUUUAUCGGCCUAGUUGAUGAUAGUGGUAAUGGGAAGAAAUGCAUGCCUGAUUUGGUCACCUACUCAACAAUAAUUAGUGAGUUAUGCAAGGCUGGGAGGCUUGAUGAAGCUAAAAAGAAGUUCACUGAGAUGGUGAGGAAAAACUUGCUUCCUGAUUCUGCAGUUUACAAUAUUUUUAUAUAUACUUUCUGCAAACAAGGAAAGCUAUCAUCCGCAUUUCGAGUUCUAAAAGACAUGGAGAUAAAUGGCUGCAACAAGACCCUUCAAACUUAUAACUCAUUGAUCCUGGGCUUAGGAAGUAAAAAUCAAAUAUUCGAAAUAUAUGGGCUGAUGGAUGAGAUGAGAGAAAGAGGAGUUUCUCCAAACGUUUGUACUUACAAUAAUAUAAUCAGCUGUCUCUGUGAAGGAGGGAGAGUCCAUGAUGCCACCUCUCUUUUAGAUGAAAUGAUGCAAAAGGGCAUCUCCCCUAAUAUAUCUUCAUUCAGAAUAUUAAUCAAAGCUUUCUGCAAGCUGUGUGAUUUUGCAUUAGCAAAGGAGAUAUUUGAGAUUGCUCUGAGUAUAUGCGGCCACAAGGAAGCCUUAUAUAGUUUGAUGUUUAAUGAAUUACUUGCUAGAGGUGAAGUUGCCGAAGCUAAAGAGCUGUUUCAAGCUUCUUUGGAUAAGACCUUUGAUGUGGGAAACUUCUUGUUUAAGGAUCUUAUUGGCAAACUCUGCAAGGAUGAGAAAUUAGAGGAUGCUAGUGAAAUUCUUCAUAGGAUGAUUGAUAUAGGAUAUGGAUUUGAUCCUGCAUCUUUCAUGCCAGUGAUUGAUGGCCUGGGUAUAAGGGGAAACAAGCACGAAGCUGAUGAACUUGCUGAGAGGAUGAUGGAAAUGGCUUCAGCAGGUAGGGUGGAAAAUAAGGUCUAUCGAAAUCAGUGGCAGAGAGUCCGUGGAAAACCCAAGAAACAUGGGGCAAGUGAUUGGCAGACCAUACUUCACAGAGAUGAUGGCAGUGCAAUUACAUUGAAAGCUCUUAAGCGGGUACAGAAAGGCUUGGGUCAGGGUAGUAUAUCAAGUUUGCAGCCCCAUAAAAAUCAAGUUCUUGAUUAUUAGGAUGCUGAUGAUUGACUUUAACUCUUGGGGGUCAAUGGUGCAGAUUUUAAACUAGAUUAUAGGAGGUCUUUUCUAGACACACUGGACUCAAGGUGGGGGCGGAUGGUUCCUUCAUUAAAUUUUGGCAUGACAUAUGGUGUGGAGAUAUAACUUCGAGGAAGCUUUUCUAAAUGCGUAUAAGAUUGCAUGUGUGCAGAAGACUUCAGUGGCCUAUCUAUUGGGAUCCUUUAGUUGCUCCCCUCAGUGGAACUUCAAUUUCUUCAAAGUGGCUUAUCAUUGGGAAGUUGACUCCUUCACAGAAUUUGUUAAUAUAUUGUUCUGUGCUAGAUUAAGUGAUGGAAGAAUAGAUAAGACCCUUUCGAGGCCUUCUAAGAAAGGAAGCUCACUGUCUGCUCAAUUUAUCCCAGUCCUCACAACUCAUGAUUGUAAUUCCUUUCCUUGGAAGAGUAUUUGGAGGACUAUGGUGCUAAAAGCAUCUUUUUUGGCCUGCCAGCUUAUUUAAAGAAGAUUCUCAUCUUGAAUAAUCUAAGGAAAUGCCAGAUUAUUGUAGCUGAUUGGUGUUCUCUGUGUAAAAGUGGUGGGCAAUUUGUAGAUAACUUGCUACUGUAUUGCGAGAUAGCUAGAACUCUUUUUGUUAGAGUUGGGUUAGCAUGGGUUAUGCCUAGAAGCUUGGUAGACCUUCUUGCAAACUAGAGAAGAUUAUAUGACGGUUCACAACUUGUAGUAGUGUGUCACCAAUAUGCUCACUGUGGUGCAUUUGGAGGAAAAAAGGAAUGAUAGAAUAAACAUUAAUGGACUAA